AGGAGCCCCGGCGACGGCAAGCUCCUGGCUCACCCGUCGAACACUGCCAUGAAGUUGUCGCCCAGCGGCCACCACUCGCUGCCGCGCAAGAAGACGCCGUUGGACGGCAGGAGCAACUCGUCCACCGCCAACGUUCAGCAGUUCCAACGGGGCCAGCCGUUGAGGAGAAGCUGCCUGUCGCCGACGCAGUAUCAUCAUCAGCAGCAGCAACAGCAGCAGCAACAGCAGCAGCAGCAGCAGCAGCAGCAGCAGCAGCAGCAGCAGCAGCCGCCACCGCCGCCGCAUCAUCAUCAGCACCGUCAGCAGGAGAGCUCAUUGCACUUUGAGUACUUUGUGCCACGUAGCGUCAGCGAGUUCAAUCUCGCAGCGGCCGCUGUCACCGAUAUGGCGGUGCCGCCGCCGCCACCAGCGUCGGUCCUGAGGCCUUCGUCGGCCAUCACGCCGCCGGUUGCCGCCGGAGUGGCCGCGACCGCCGCCGGUACCAGUCAGACUCGACUGUUAGACAGUGGCGGCAACACUGCUACCAGGAGUCGCGAGAAAAUGGUCACGUUCGAGGACGAGGGGGUCAGUGCUUGCGCUACCUCGACGCCGACUAGGAAGAAUUUAUCCGGUCUGGAGAACGUCUUCAUGUGACGUCUUCGUGUCUUCCACGGAUAAUGAAGAAGCGAUUCCUUCGCGUCUCAUGUUCGAGGCUGGCACAAGGAAGACGAGGGGGUCUCGACAUCUUCGUUGUCGUGGCUGAAACGUCAAGGGAGAGAGCCUGAGAGAGACAUAUUUCGAACGCUUAAACGGUGAGGUGAACUAAGUCGGUGAUGAUGUCGAGAACCAGGGAGUGGAUUAUGACGCUGUUGAACCGCGUCAAGCCACUAGACACGAGUAUCUCGUAGUCGGAGAACCUGACUUGGGAUUCACGCAAUUUCCUGACUGAGACGGAAGAUCGGAAAACGAGGGAAUAAAAAGACAAGGAUCAAACAGAGAGACAGAGGGAUGAGAUGUCGACAACGUUCAUAAGACUGCAAAGACCUGCAUAACGCUGGCUAACGCGGAGGCUAAUCGCGAGGAUAUUCCAGAUACACACCGAGAAUGGCAGGAUGGAGGCUAUUGACUCACAAAAAGGCCAGACUCUGAACGGAAUACAACGUCGGAGAAGAUUCCAUGUGCGAUAGUAUCGCUCUGUCAAAGAGGCAUUCGACGUGAAUUUUCACCACUGUGAGGAUCUCGCGAUCAUCGCGAGGAGAGCGUUCCGGGGUGAAAACAGCAGCCCGAGCAACGCAGAGUCGCGGAAGCUGUCCACGAGAAGCAUUCUAAUCAUGCGGCGUAGGUUCCAGUAAGUUCUCCAUCGUCAUUCGCGACCCCCACGCACCGCGAGACUGCACGAAAGCGAGGAAUAAAAGACAAAUGCCAAAUAAACGCUCAGAAAAAAGACAGGAGGAGAAGACGAAGACGUUAGAAUCUCGACACCGAAGAGUUGAUCGCGACAGCGGAGUUGACACGAAGCGGACUUCUCCUCGAGUCGAGUGCCGACUGUAUAUUUCUUAUUAACGAUUAAGAGCCGUAAUUAUUGUUAUUAUUACACUUGCACACCGCGUAGGAUAUCUGUCGAGUAUCCAAAUUUUAUGUCCGAUAAGUCCGACUAUGUAUUCCGAAUGUUAUAAACAAUAGCCUGUAUAUAUAUUCGAGAAGUAUAUAUAUUGAA